CUGGGAUAUAGCCCAAUAAUAAUACAAUACUAAUCAUGUAGGUCUAAUAUAUGUCAACUAUUAUGACUAUCUUAAGUUAUUUGCCCUAUCGAGGACUACAGUAAUUUCAGUAUUGACUAGUAUUAUUCUAUAUUGUCAAUAUCUCACUGUCACUAAUCAGUCUACUGGGGCCUGGGGGGACACUAAAACAACUUCAGGUAUACCACAACUUCAAACAUCAAGUUAAAAUUAAAAAGACUCACAUUCUGAAGACUAACCAGUACCAGUGAGUAACCAGUUCAUUAAUCCCUUAUUUUAGCACUAUAAAUGAUUUUUUUAUAACUGGUUAGCUGACACCUAAGUCUAAGUUGAUUCUGAUUUGUGCUGAGUAAAAUGGGAGACAAUUCUUAUACAAUAAAUAAUAAGGGCAACGGCAAGGCUAGGGCAUAAUUGCAUGCUGCAUAGACAUAUUAAAUAAUUCAAAGGACAAGCUUUACUUAUAAUUUAUUAUUAUUUUUUUCAGGUGUUUACUUCCCUAUUGUUUUUAAGCUUAUUAUUUCCCUGCUAUUCUCAAAUUUGUAAAUCACCAACUAUUUACUGACAACAAAAUUGUCACAAAUUUGUAAUACACUUUUAACAAACAUUGUCUCUCAUGCGCCUCCCCCCUCCCUCACAAAAAAUAACUCUAGUUGUGUUAUGUCAUGUCAUUAUGGAUGCAGUAUCAUGCAUAGGCAUAGGAUAAGUGGCACCCUUGGUCAAGCCUAAAACUACAGCCCAAAGUAUACAGAAAAUGGGUCCCCUGAUAUUGACACCCACCUUUGCACGGCCCUGCAUGGAUGGCCCCAGUUUCCUUGAAAAUACCUUGAACAUGAGAGACUUAAAUUUAAACAUUUAAACUUAUCAAAACCCACCACUUGUUAAGAAAAAAAUAUCAGACACAUAGACAGGAUUAAAUAAUGUAAUAACAAAAUAAAUACAUUUAUUAUUUAAAUACAUUCUAUUGGGCAACGCAAAAAAAACAUAUUUUGGAAGACAGAAGAGUUCUCCUUGCAUUACCACAAUGGUGCCAUGAAUGACAAAAGAUGCAUAAAAUGUAUUUUUUUUUUAAAUCUCAUAUAAUUUGUUUAAUGUUUGUUGUAUUUGAACAGAAGGACGAUAUUUUGUUACAAAAAUACUUUUAAUAAUGAAAUUGUUAAUUUAUAAAAAAUUAAAUUAUGGAAUUAAGUGCACUAAAAUAAAGGAUUACAGGCCUAACCUAUGCUUGCUAAAUUUAAUUAGAAAUUAUAUAUAAUUUAUAAAAACAAUUUCAAUGUUCAACUUAAAUUUUUUUAUGAUUUGAGUUAUUAUUGAAACUUAUUCUUGAACUCUGACAAAAUUUAAAAAAAGGAAAAGUAGGUUUGCUUUUUAUUUUAUUUUUUGGGAGGACACCAAAUAAUAUAAAAGAGAUUUAACAUUAACAGUUAUUAACAGGUUUUACAUUAGAUCCAUGAUCAGGCUACUGUUUAAUAUAUAAGACAAAGAGUAAAAUGAAAUUGUGAUAACAAAAAUUGAAACCUUGAAUGAGCUAAUGAAGAGUACCCUGCUUUUAAAAUUGUAUUCAAAGUUCCAUAAUAUUUUAUCUUGAAAAUGUAAAUAGUAUUUGGAAGAACCGAACAGUUAUUAUUUGUAGGUUUAAGGGGUAAGGGGCCAUCCAUAAGUUUAGGUGUGAUGGUGGUUUGGGAGGGGGGGGGGUGUCAUGCGUCAUGAUUUUUGUGGAUAUGUCACAAAAUGUGUGAUAAAAGUGUCUCAUUUGUGACACUAAAUGGUGGGUUUGGGGGGGGGGGGGGGAAAAAAAAAUUAAAAAAAUAAAAAAAGUAGAUUAAUUAGACACGAACAAUUUGUGUCAAUAUAACAAUAUAUGUUAGGCUUUAAUAAUAAUUUUACAUAAUACAUAAGUAGACGUUUCGGCGCAUGCCUUCAUCAGUACAACAACAAAACAUUUAAAUACGUAUAAAUUAAAUUUUCAUAAUAUAUAUAUGUAUAUACAUAUAUCCUGCCUAAAAAAAAGAGAAAAAAUAUGAGUGGGCGCCAAAAAAAACCAGACAGAAACGAAGUAAAGAAGAAUGAGAGUUUAAGAGAAUUGAUUUUUUUAAAAUAAAUAUUAUCAACUAAUUAAAAAAUAUUUUAUGCUGUUUAUUUCUAAUGCAAAAUGUUUGUGUUUUAUAUGUAAGCGUAAGGUAAAUAAUAAGCCAGUAAAAACUAAUUAAUCUCCAUUCUUCUUCCUCAGUCUUUAGACACAGAGAUGUGGAGCUUACAAAAUUACACCAAUUUCUUCUUAAUGACAGCUGGACUGCCAUCAGUUCCUUUGUUUCUGGGAUACAUAUUAAUGAUAGCAGCCUCAGGUUUAUGGCAGAAAUGGACUAAACCUCUUGAUCUCAAAGCCGUAAUAACUUUUUACAUUAGUAUUUUCUCAUGCGUUGUUGUUUUUUUUAAUAAUUAAAAGAUUUAAAAAAUUGAGGUGCAUCCAAAAUAUGAAGAAUAUUUUUUAUAUAUGCAACUAAGAUUCUUUAAAAAUGUAAGGAUUUAUCCAAUUUAUUUCUUAAAUAUCUAAAUUUUAGUGGGAAAGAUCAAACUUUCCGAAAAAUCUUGGUUUUCUAUCAUCCCCUGAGAAAAAUGAUAAAUGUGCCGAGCAACAUUUCUGGUAAAAAGAAAACAUAAGACUAAUAGUGUCCAUGGGUCAUUAAAUUAUAAAAAUGCCUAACUGCAGAAACAACAAAAAAGGAGAAGAAAAAGAUGUUUUAGGCUCAGGUUAAGAUAAGAUGAGAUAUUUUUUAUUGAUCCAAAUAAAUUGACUUUUUUUUUCCAAUCGUACAUAUAUUUUCAGUCUUGAGUUUUCUGUUGUUCCUUAAAAAUAGUCUGUAAAUAAUUGUGCUGUAUGAAUAAAUCUUAAGUUCCUUGGUGUGAAUUGUAACUUUGAACAGAGUCUUGGCUUUUAGUUUGAACAGAGUUCUUGUUUUUUUUUUUCAAAGACCAUGGACACUCCUUAUAUCUGUAGGCCAGUGGUUGGCCUAUCGGGGCUCAUGGAGCUCUUUAGCGACCUGAGUGCGGCUCAGCAAUUCAGCCACAAAUUGAUUUUGACUAUGAAAAACAUGAUUCUUGGCAGGUUCUUGAAAAGAAAUUUGGCUCUUAAAAUUUUUUUAAAUUGUCCUGCUGCUGAUUUUUGGCUCUUUUGAUUAAUGAGUUUGCCGACCACUGCUGUAGGCGAUUUGUCUUAGGAUGGUUGUCAUAUGCCAGAAAAGAUAAUUUUGAAUUAUAUAUAGAUAUAUAUAAAUCCAAUUUGUAACCCCUUUAAAAUAUAAUACCUCAGCAAUUAUUCAUUCUUCAUCAUUACUGGAUAUGCAAUGCAUCUAUAUUUUUAUGAAUAUCUUUUUGAGCACCUGCAAUUUUAAAUAUUUUAUUGAAAAUAUGUUUGAUUUUCAAAGAAAUAAAAAUUGUUGCACUCUAAUUCCCAAGUUAUAUCUGCUUUUAUAAAAUGUAUCAUUGCUUAAAUCAAAUCUUUAAACUGAAUUGCUUUUGACUUACAUUUCAAUAUUUAAAAAAAAAAAUAUGUGGGUGUAUGUUAAAAAUCUCUAAUGUCAGAAAAUAGUAUUUCUUGAUUGAAGUUUCACAAUCUCAAAUGCAAUUUUUAAAAGUAUCUACACUAAGUGACUAACUGUAUGUUGUUUUUUCCCCAGUAGUAAUAUGUUCCAAAAUGGGCUAAAUAAUCUUUUUAUUUUAUAACUUACUUCCCUCUUGCAUUCCAGCUACUUAUUCUACACAACUUUGGCUGUUGCAUAGCUAGUGUAGUCACAUUUUUAGGAUUCUCAAUUGUUUUAUACUCCAAUGGGUCUCUCUAUGGCAAGACUCAUGAUCCACUUCUUUUGCAAGUUUUUAAACUCUACUGGAUCACUAAGGUAAAUUAAUUUGUUAAAGUAUUUUUUUCUUUUCUUCAUUUUUAAAAAUCUUGAAUAUGUAAAAAUGUAGGGAGGUAGUUAUUUAUAGAAAACCAUUCACUAUGAGGGUGAAUUAAACUUUAAACUGAGACAUGUUCACUGUCUUAACCACAUAGUUUAGAAAACUGGAUAUUACAAGCUAUAUUAAUUCUUACUAUAUAACAUUUUUGGUCUAAUUACACAGGUUGUAGAACUGCUGGACACUGUCUUCAUGGUGCUUCGCCAUCGUCACAGACAGAUUUCUUUUCUGCAUGGCUAUCACCACUCCAGCAUGCUCCUUCUCUCAGACAUGGCUCGACUCUAUUACCCAUGGCCUUCGAUUGCAACAUUUCUAGCAGUUAACUCUCUAGUCCAUAUCAUACUUUACAUGUAUUAUGGCCUCACUGCCCUCAGGCCGGAUAAGUAAGUCUUUAUGCAUUUAUAUGAUUAAAGAGGUUAAGAAUGUACCAAAAAAUUUAUUAUUGGAAAAGUUAGAUUGGUAAUUUGAAGUUACAGAAGACAUAUUAAUUAUACAACUUGAAAGUCAAGAAAUGUGCAUUUUGUUGUUUAAUUGUUUUCAUUAUUUCAAAUUAAAUUUUCGCUUCAAAAAAUUUCAAACUAAAUGAAAUUUUAGAAUAAGUGAUUAAUUUGAUGGUGUGUGUGUUCAGGAGAGUUAGAACUGUAUACAGUAAUUGUGGCAUCUCUUUAGCGUCAGGAUCUUUAAUUUCAUCUUGAGUUAAGAGUAAAAUACGAAUGAGAGGGUUGUUUAAGAAAUAGAAAUAUCAAUUUGUUUAUUUUUUCAAAUUUUAGACUCCAAAUAUUUUCAGUUUUCUGGGUUGAGGGGUGGCUGAGUCAGUCCACAGAGGUGGUCACUUGAAUGUGUUACACUAACUGGUUGAAUUAUUUUCUUUGAAAUUUAAAGCAAAAGUUUAAAUAAUGAGUCAAGGCUUUGUAUGUAGUUCAUGAUGAAUUCCUUUCUAAUAAUUCAGUCAAAUAAUUGUUUACAAAAAUUAAUGUAAUAUUUUCUUGCUCAAUUCACAGCCCACCAAAGUGGAAGAAAGAAGUGACUCAAGUGCAGAUAAUCCAGUUCAUCAUAGGUUUGAUUGUAGCGGGAUAUGGCUAUCAGUACCAUUCAUUUUGUAUUUACAGUAUCGUCUAUGGAAUUACAAUGAUCACACUGUUUUCAAAUUUCUAUUAUCAUUCUUACAUGGCCAAGAUUCCAGUUAGAGCAAAGAGGAAACUAACAUAAAAGAAAUUAAUUAAUUGUAUAAUAUAUUGCACCAAAGGUGAACUGCAUUGCCAUGUUGUUGGAAGAGCUUAGAAGCUGAGACAGCUGAAUUUUUUUUAAACAUUAUUAUUAUUAGGUGGUUUUAUAUAGCGCAGUACCCCAGCCUAGGGCUAGGCUCACUGCAAUACCCCAGCCUAGGGCUAGGCUCACUGCGCUUGCAUUAAAAAUGAGCAAUUACAGAAAAGUAUACAUUUAAAAACAACAAUUGGUGAAAAGCUUGACCUCAACCACCCAAGUACUAUCUACUCCUGUCUAGCCAAGGACAGCACCCAGCAGCAUUGAGCGUUGUCUAUCAGUCAUAGGGGGGUGAGAAUGAGUCGGUAUUGUACAGUUUGAAAAGAAAGGUCUUAAGGAUAGUUUUGAAGGCUGUGAUGAUUGUUAUAUUGCGGAUGCGUAAUGGGAGAGAAUUCCAUUGUUUUGGGGCUCAUGUUAAUAUUUUUUAGCGUCUGAGAUUUUUGUCUAGGGAUUCCUCCUACCUAUGAAAAACUGACUUGCUGUCUUAUACACGCGUACAUCCGUUCCACUCAGGGAUUUAAAUGUUGACCUUCAACCUCAGUAUUGAAAGUAGAGUAGGCUUUAACUGUUUGUCUACAUCUGGUGACUGAAAUCACAGCAAGGUAUUACCAUCAAAUAAAAGAGACAUCUAAAAUCUAAAGGGUUCACUUCAUGUUGAUGCUACCAGAAUAAUGAAGAAUAUGAUAUUCAAAAAUGGGUUCAAUGAAUGUGUUGAAUAUGAAUGAAGGGUUCGUUAGGAAAGUGUGUAAUGUACGUACAAUUUUGUAUAUUGAUCUGUAUUGUAAAAUUUUCUAUGGAGUCAUUUUCCUCCAUUUCUCUGUUGAACAUGUGCACAGCCAAUUUGUAUUUAGGGAAGCUAUGACAGAUGGCUGUCAGACGUGAUUAGAAUUUUUUUAUCAAUACAAUACAAGAUUUAGGUACCGGGUAUUCUGUUGGAAAUUAAUUAAUUUUGUUAACUUAUUUUAUUAAACAUUUUAAAAUUCAUUUAACAAAAAAAAUUACAAAAAAAUAAGUGAAACUGUGUCCAGGUUAAACAUAAUUAACUUAGAGAAUAAUUGUUUCCCUGCAUUUGUAGAUGACAUAAUUAGUCAGCCUCUGUAUAUUGAAGUAUUCCAAACAUGUUUUUCUACUGCAAAUUCAUUUAUAAAAUGAUCUGUUUUUUUUAAAAAGACUUUAACCAUAGGAUAUUGCAUUGUUUACAUGAAAUUGUUAUUUUAAUCACAUGUUUAUUGUUUUAUAUCAAAAUUGAGCAUCUAUCAAACUUGUUUAGUGACUGGUUGUUGUUGUUUUUUUGUAAGAAGUUUUUGCAGUAGAUAGAUUUCCUUAAUUAUAGAUCAUAUUUUUUAUAUUAUCAUUUUUGUUAUUGAUACUUUUCUGUUUUUAUAUGAAAACCACAAUUUUGUACUAAACAGUGAAGAGUUUUUGCUCAUGUUUUUAAUAAAAUAUUAAAGUCAAAA